AUGGUGCUGGGUGGUUGCCCGUUCGGUGGGCAGGCCUACAGUGACGUGGAGCACACUUCCGUCCAGUGCCGGGCCCUGGACGGAAUCGAAUGUGCCAGUCCCAGGACCUUCCUACGAGAGAAUAAACCUUGUAUAAAGUAUACCGGACACUACUUCAUAACCACUUUACUCUACUCUUUCUUCCUGGGAUGUUUUGGAGUGGAUCGUUUCUGCCUGGGACACACAGGCACAGCAGUCGGGAAGCUCUUGACACUUGGAGGACUUGGGAUUUGGUGGUUUGUCGACCUUAUUUUGCUCAUUACUGGAGGGCUGAUGCCAAGUGACGGCAGCAAUUGGUGCACUGUUUACUAAAAAGAGCUGCUCUUGUGGCCCAGAGAGGCAAGUCUCCUGAAUUCAUCUCUACAGGCUCAAAACUCUUCCUGAAUAUCAGACCUGACCAUUACUUUCCCUCUUUGGGGGGAGUGGGUUUGGUUAGGAAGGUUUCUUUGGACUGUGGAUUUUCAACCCAGACUUUACCUUGCAGACUAGAAAUGACAAACACAGUAUUGUGGGUAUCGAGUUUGUACCUUUCCUCGUGUACAAAAAAUAUAAAGGAGAGUGAUUAACUGAGAAGCUGCAGAAGAGUUUCCAUACUCUUUAUUUCUGUGUGUUGCUUUAUUAUCAAUCCUUUGGAACAAGUGGACCCAACAGGAUAAACAAAGUGAAUAUUUUUAGCCUUGUGCCUUUUGUGACCCUGAGUCUUCACGCGGUAGAGAUUGGAAGCCAAACCAAUGAACAUCUUCAGCAGAAGUAGAAACGGCGAUGGAUUUUAAUACACACUGAAAUUCUGACUUUCUGAAUUUAAAUUGCAGAAUAAAUGUUGCCCACCUGGAA